AUGAAGAGCUUCAGCCUUCUCGCAUUGGGUCAAGCUUUGCUUGCAGUAGCCACUCCUCAUGGCCCCCAGCUCCCCGUUCGCCAACAAGGCAAUAGCUUCGCAGGCGUAAACUCCUUCUUCCUCCAUGCUUUCAAGCAGCAAGAUAGGUUGGACGUCCUGGACGCCAUCCAGGAUGCAAAUCUCAAGGUCCUACGAAUCUUCAUUUCAGCAACUGGCCAGAACUUCAAGAAUACUGGCUCAAUUGCAAUGCCUGACAUUGAGCCCCAAACCGUUGGAGUCUGGGACGAUACCCAGCUCAAAGCCAUAGAUCAACUCAUGGUAGAAGCUCAAGCCAGAGGCAUUAGGCUCACCAUCGCAAUCCAUGAUCGCUACCAGCUCGGCUGCUGGGGAAGCGAUGCCUACGUAUCAAAGUACAAGCUGCCUGCAUUCUGGUACUCGGACAAGAAUUGCAUUUCCGAUUUUCAGAAUCGGAUCCGUCACGUUCUUGAACACAAGAACACGCUUGUCAGCGGAAGUCCAGCCUGGAAAGAUCUGAGCAGCCAUAUCUUCGCGUUCAAUAUCCAGAACGAAGGUCAGGGCCAUUUGAACAACAAUAUUCCACCACAUCCGUCGUGGUGGUGCGAUCGAGCUGGCUUCAUGCGGGGCAUUAUGGGUAGCAGUAAGGUUCUGAUCUCCACUGGUGGCGGCAACGAGUUUCCCAACUCAGAUGUUGCAGAGAACUGGGCUUGCAAGGCCCUGGACCUUGUCACCAUCCACUCCUACAUGGGCGUCAACGAAUUCAAGAACAAGGGCCCAGUCGCACUGCAGCACGCAAAGAGCGCCAACAAGCUCAUACUUUUUGAGGAGUUUGGUGCUACUGGGAGCAGUAAGUCUACCACAGUCGGUCAGCAUAUAGACGUAUUCAAUGGUCUUGGUGUACCGUGGAUGCCCUGGCAAAUCAGCAAGCCUGGCAACAAGGCAAAUGACUAUGAGUUUUGGACUGAUGAGCCUACCUAUGAUGUCGUUGAGGAUGGCUCGAAUGAUGCUCUGGCAAAAGGCGCUGCACAGACGUGGUCUAUUUAG